AUUUCGAAUUUCUCUACUUACUACGUAGCUGUACGACUUAUUGCUCUUUUUUAUUACUUGUAAGCAUAUUAUACUUAUAGCCGGUUUAUUACACUAGCUCAUCACAUCGCACUAUUCCAUUUAUAAACGCAUGUCCCUCAUCAUGAAAAUACGUUCUAAGAGCCCCAACGCAUCCUUUCAUGCCCUAUCACCCCGUGAAAAUGGUUUCCGUGCAGAGCAAAAUGUCUUUCUUAAGCCCGCUAGCUAAUGGCGAAAGUCCAUAUGUACGCGGCAACGUUGAAGAGGGGUUUCCUCGCCAAAAUUUCACCAAUUCAGAUCAUCUUGUUCAGUUCGAGGAUGCACGGCAAUCAAUGGAUGCGUUCCAGUUGGACGUACAAGGAUUUAUGUUUGUCGAAGAUUCCGGCAUCGACGACCAUCUUGUUCAAGCGAUCCGAGAAAAGAACAGCCCGGUUCUCAAAGAGAAAUAUUAUCCUGUGAUAGAGAACUUGGUGAAAAGCAAUACGGGGGCUACAAGGGUAGUCAUAUUCGAUCAUACGUAUCGCAAACGUGAUCCGUCUCUGGACCCCUCUGAGAACUCCAACGGCAAAGAGCAACCUGCUAUUUUGGUUCAUGUUGACCAGUCCGAAACUGGGGCAAUUGGUAGAGUGAGGGGUCAUGGCGGUGCAGAUGCCGAGCGUCUUCUGCAGAAGCGUGCGCAAAUCAUCAAUGUGUGGCGACCGAUCAAUGGCCCAGUUAGGGAUUGGCCCUUGGCAACUAUGGACUAUCGCACGAUUCAACAAUCCGAAAUUCAACCUACAGACAUUUUCAAACAGCGUCAUGAUCGUGUAGGACAGACCGUAUCUGUAGUUCAUUCUCCCGAUCAGAAAUGGUACUACUUGUCUGGGCAAACCCACAAGGAGGUUACCCUCAUCAAGAUAUGGGAUAACCAAGACGGCGUGGCAAAAUUGUGUCCCCACGGAGCCUUUUUACACCCCGAGGCGGAUACCGCAGCCAUACCACGGGAGAGCAUAGAAGUGCGCUGCUUAGUGUUCUACGACAACUGAUGAAGUUUCAUCUGAGGAGUAUGAAUGUUCUCGGGACUGCAAUGAGGCACAACACAUUCAAACACAGCUGUUAUCCAUUCUAAGAUAUCUAGAUAGAGCAGUGAGACUCCAAUCGGAUUAUACAUUAUCGCAGUCUUGGCAACUCAUCAAGUUUCGGCAACCGACGCUAGCGUCGAAAUUCGGUUGCCGAAGCUAAGCCAAUCACACAUCGACAGACUGCCCGACAGGGUUACUAGGCUUGGCACCGAAGCUUAUUGCAACCCCCCAAACGUCGAUUUUCAACAC